UAUAUCCAAAGAAAUAAAAUAACGAAUUACAAUAAUAUAAAUUGCAAGCAACAAUGUAUAGUGACUGGACUAGCAAGCUAUUAUCUAAAAUCUGUGAAUCCAUAAAUUGAAUAAAAUAUCAGAUUCAAAGUAACAGAUGAUUUUAAAAUAAAAUAUGCUGAGUUGUUUUGAAAUUGCUUUUAAAGUAGGUUAUUUCAUUCAACCCUUACCACGAUUAAUACCGCUGAAUUCAAAUCUAAAGAAUAACGGAAAAUAAAAAGGUAAACCUGAAUUGGCAAUUUAUUUAAAUUGUAAGAAUGGCCAGCAGAAGAACUAAAGCAAGUUUCCGUAAUUCCUCUGUACAGUUUAGUGUUACCGAUGAGGAAAUAAGCAAAUUGAUCCGACAUGUAGGAGUUCCCACAGCAAGUCCCACUCGUUAUUUAGCAAUUUUCAUCUACUGUUGCUCUUGUUUUGCACAGGUGGUCGUUUGGAAUACAUGGGGUCCAAUAUCGAAGGCAGCAUUGUUCGCAUUCCAAUCUUGGGAUUCGGGAUCAGUAGCCAUGUUCAGCAAUUGGGGUUCGGUUUGCAUUGUGCUACUGGUUGGCCCAGUCUGCUGGCUACUCGAUGUCAAAGGUUAUCUCAUAUUGGUGGAAUUUUAAAUGGAAUUGGAGGUGUGAUAUUUGGUCCUGCCGUUGUUCUCUUAUCGUCAACUUGGUUCCCCGCGCACGAAAGGACAUCCGCUACAGGCCUGAUGAGUGCUAUGUCUUACUUUGGAAUGGCAGCCAGCUACAUGAUUGGUCCGACAUUUGUGACACCUUCCAAAUAUGCAAGCUGGAAAACUAAUAAUACAGCCGAUGUUCUGCUGGAGAGGAUAAGGGUAACAAAUGAGAUAAAGAAUUACUUAUAUUUUGAUUUUGCAGUUGAAUUACUACUGUUUUUGUCGAUGAUAUUCAUUUUUCCAAGUAAUCCUCCGAAACCACCAAGUAGAUCUUCUUGCCUAUCGUUAGCUAUGAAGAGGAACUUUAUGGUUGCUUUGAAAGACCUUCUGCAAAACGGAAAUAUAUGGCUGCUAGGAAUGUCAGCAUUCUUCAAUUUUGGAAUGUCAGGUCCAUGGCUAUCACAACUCCCAGUACUGUUGUCAGACAAGAGUUUGUCUCAGGACGAGCUGUCCAAGCUUGGAACAUGGACAAUUAUAUCAAGCUGCGUGUUAGGUGCAUCUGUGAGUCGAGCAUCAGAUAUGUUUCAAGGAAAGUUGAAAAUCUUCUUACUUUGCUUCAUGACGAUUGCUUGUUCUCUAUUCAUGCGGAUCUUGUACAUAAUUGAAAUUGCAAUCGACUUCAAUAAAUAUGAUUUGAUACUGCUCAUUAUGGUGGGGUUUUCAGCGUCAUGUGCAACGUCUCCAUUAUUCUACGAGUUCGCUGCCGAAAUCGCCUACCCCGUGUCAGAGGUGAUAGUGGCCGGAUUCAUCAUGACUCUCACAAACUUGGCCAAUGUCAUAAUUUACUUCUACAUAAGUAAAACUCCGAACACAGCUCUUCAAUUUAUGUCAUACGGCUUAGUUUUCAACAAUCUAAUGGGAACAUUUCUGAUGAUCAUGGUUGAAGAACAAUACAACAGACUUAUUCAUGAUGAUCCAAACAUAUAGAAAGGUGAGAUCACUUGAUGAAUGAAUUAUUGGAAAAAUGGACAAUGAAAGUAGUCUAUAAACUCAAAUAAUGUGAACCAGAGAACCUGAAAGAUGCAGAUUUCACGUAUCAUCAAAUUCAUUUAUUAUGAGAAUGAAGACAGAGCCAAACCACUACUGACUGCAUCUUUAAAAAAUCAUACGAUGGAAGAUCGUAUAAUAACGGCAAAUGUAACUUCAAGUUAUUUGUUCAAAAACUGGUAAGCAAAUCAUAAAUUCAUUCUUUAAAGAUAUUCCUUGUUCAAACAAGAUCAAUAAAACAUACAUUAUCAACUG